AUGGGGUGCUGCUGCUCUCGCGAUCAGACUUAUGUCGACCCUGAAACAAACGCAACGGUCAAGUCCAAGGCCAAGUCAAACAGCCGCCGCCCCUCGAAGCGCGAGCAACGACUCUCAGCAAACAUUGCAAAGCAAGCCAUCGAGUCAGCCGUCGCCGACAUCGUGGAGACACAGUUUAUCGUAGAUCCCAGCCCCGUUACCACCAAACCGCCCCUUGAGCGAAGCGGGUCCCGGCACCGACGGUUGAGCACUCGCCUUGAUAAGAAGAAAAAAUCGGGAACCAAUCUCACUGGUGCAUCAACAACUCCCGCCGAUGACCAGCGCAACGGGGCAAACGAUGGUGACGAUGAUGACGAUGAAGAUUGGGUUUACCUCGACAAAGAGGACGAGGCCCGCGUUGACCGCCUGCUAGAGACGGAGACGGGUCAGCGGUUCACCCGGACUGAGCUUCAGCAAAUGCUAGCCGCUUUUAAAGAGAACGACAUGGUGCUGCCGCGCAGCUAUUUCCAUAUUGUCUACUCCACUUAUGCUCGCUUGGAGUCUCCGAUGCUGGUGGAUUGUAUUUUCGAGCUCUUCGACCAGGAUCGCAGCGGCAAAUUUGAGUAUGAAGAGUUUAUCACCUUUCUGGGGGUGAUGGUGCGGGGCAGUGCUGAGCAAAAGAGUGAAUGGUUCUUUCGGCUUUAUGAUCGCAAUGGGGAUGGCCGGCUCACCAAGCAGGAAAUGGUCGAAUUUUUGACCAGCAUGCCCCAUAAAAUGAUUGAACAAAUUGUCCAGACGGAGCAGGCGCCCAUGCCCAGUUUGGCCGAGGAGGAUGAAGACGAAGCGGCAGAGGUCGCUGCCGAGGAACGCCGCCGUCACAGCGAAGCGCAGGAGGAUAUUCAAGAGCAGAUGCUUGGGGAAAGCCGCUCUUCACGGCGCAGCUCAGCAGCUUUGUUGCGCCAGGAAAAAGAAGAUCGCCGUAACAUCCAAGACCUGGUCGAUGACAUGUUUGACCAGAUGGAUGCCGGGGACAGCCUCACCAUCGAGGGCAAGCACGACAUGGAGAGCCAACAACGGGAUUAUGAGGAGGAGAUUCGGGACGCGUGCCGUGCCAUCUAUGGCAGUACGGUGUACGAGCGCAGGCAGGGAGGACAGCGUCUACGAAGCCUCUUCGAUGAUCGUGCCGUCCUGAGACACCUUGAUGAAAACACUUUGGAUAUGGAGCACGCCACCGUUGGCUGGCCCUACAUCGUGACGCACGUGAUAGAUGCGGCCGCCGAAGACAUCAAGCAAUGGCAAAAGCGGCUCGCCCAACGUCGCACCAACUCCCAAGCUGCCCUGGAAAUCCUAUCCUUGCUCUCCGAUGUCCUGCUCAAGGCCGACGAGCGGCAACAUCUACAUCAAGAUUGGAUGCUGCGCACCGCCUACAAGACUGGCCUCAAGACCAUGAAGAACCCAGCUGCAUUUCUGCUCGGCUUUUUUAGUCACGACAGCGAGCCCGAAUAUGCGGCGCUUCUCAAGCAUCACGGCGCACAGCUCCUCAACAUAUUAAAUACACGCAUCCUCAACAUCCAUCACUAUGCCGAUCGAUGCAGUACCAAGCUCGUCAUGCACACCGUUCGCUACAUCACCCGCAUGUUGAGCUACGAUGAUCGGGCUCAGCCUAGCCUGGAGUCCAUGUACACCAUUCGUGACUCCCACUGGCAAUUUCUCGUCUGGACACUCUCCCAAGCUCCAGAGCGUCUCAGCGAGGCCCUGGUACAACAAAACCUCAUGCUGGAGGUGGAGUCCUUCCUUGGCGACUGUCUCAUUGCUCUACAAACACCGGGACUUGUCCAUGCUCGGGGCGCCCGGGGUGCCGCAUCUGCCAUUGGCGGUGCUCUUGAGAGCACGCUGGCUUACGCCGAGCUGCUGGGGCGAGCUUCACAGGGUAGCCUUCUGAGGUUCAUCGGGCAGCAUGCCCAGAAUAUCGCGCCUCUUGUGAAGCAGUCUCGUCGUGCUGCUAGCGCCGUCGUGGCGUUGUGGCGACUCGGCUUUGUUGCGCGCAACUGUAUCUUCGGUCUGACCGUAGAUAAAUUCACGCUGGACACCCUUUGGCGACCUGCCCUCGCACACUUGCAGUCACAGCACUUUUCGUCGCUGCAUCAUGCCAACAGCAUGACGCCCUGGGUCCAAGUGAUUGUCGAUGCCGUACAUCUGGCCGAUGAGAGCGGAACAAAAGAGCGCGAGGCUGCACCAGAUCAGGCACCACAUUUUUGGUCUUCUUGCCUGGCCGCCUUGACAGAAACCGAUCGGCGCGUCCCUUUCAUGCUAUGUGCUCGAGCCAUGUGCCAGCGCCAUCCAGAUCACCUGUGGCGACACGCCGGCGCUUUAGUCCCGGCCCAACUCAUUGCGAACCUGUCAGCAGUCAUUCAGCACCAGCCCAGCAAUGAGCAAUUUUGGGCGCUUCAAGCGCUCCAGGCCAUGCUCACGGCCGCGGCCAAGCAACAAGCUGCCGAGUCCGGGUCUAGGUGUGCAGGCCUGCAGGCCUUUUGCGGCAGUCUGGAUGAUUGGCAGCCUAUUUUAACAUUGAUUGAGCAACGACUUCAAAUGCAUGGCCUCAACGAUGAUCAACGCACACAACUUUAUGACGUACUCUGCCUUGCCACAGAGGUGGUGGGUGCGAAUGCUCGCAGGAUGGCUGCCAAAGUUGUACAGACCACCCUGGAUCGUAAAGGGCUCGAGCACAGCCUUGUAAACGGACAAUAUCUCGCCAUUCUGCAGCAACACGCAUCAUUGACCCUCGGCGAAGGAGACAAUUUGUGCCACAUUGUAAAGCAGUUGACCACCCAUCUGGAUCCCUUGGCUGUAUCAAGUCUCAGUCAGAUUGGCAGUCGUGUGAGCGGGGUUGGACUUGCCAUUCUUGGGUUCUGCGGUCAACAGCUGAGCAUCUACGACCUGCCGACGAAUGUCUCGAAAAACUCGGCUGCCCCCACCCCAAAUGCACGCUUGGAACGUCUUUACACCCUGAAUGACCAUCUCGCACCCCAGGCAGCCCAUGGACACUCUGGCAGGCCCCAUUAUCGCAAGGGUCAAUCAACACCCUGUGCUGCGCCUGCGGUUGCAUCGCUCAGUGGUGCCCUAUGGCUGAGAGCUCUGCAGUGUUUGUCGGAUCAAAUGUCCACGCUGUUGCCCGACGAUGAACCAGAUUUGCUCACCUCUCACGAAGCCACGGCCAUGUUCAAUGCCAUCCCGGCUUCGCAACCACAGCUUGACCCAGAGCUGGAUAUUGUCAUUUCAGCGAAAAGGCUCAGGCAGGAAGCGAGGAAAGAUGAAAGGGAAAGGAGUUGCGUGCCGUCUCACGCAAACGGCCACGCUCAGGAACUAGCCGACCACAUCAUUCAAACCCUUAUCGAAGUGGGCUUGGACGAUGAAGAAGCGCCUGUCAAUGUGACCGUGUGCAUCAGUCGCAGCCUUCUCAUGCAUACGUUUCCUAAUGAGGCCCGGCGAACGGAGGUCGCCUUGAAAAUUCUGCACUGUGUAGCCCUCGGGGAAGAGUCGCUAUUGGACGACACCUUUGAACCGAACAUGAUCAGCACCCUUUUGCAACUCCUGGCUCUCGCAGUUCCACAUGUCAUUCGAGCUUCUACAGAGCCGGGGGCGGCGCCUGAUCUGAAGAUGGCGCUCAACGAGUUUAAGCAGCGCUUUUUUGCCAAUAAACGUUUUUGGCGCAGUGCCCUCAAAUCCCAGCGCAGCAAACUGGGUCCCGCCGAGCGUGUUGCCGUUGUCGAGGUGCUGGCAAAAUGUGUGCAAGCAGAUCCGGUUCGACGUUGGUUGCCAGCUCAAGGCGAGACUGAAGUGCGACCUUUGGCAGAGCUGGCCGCCGUGUCACGCGACAAAAAUGCCGAAGUUCGACUGCGUUGUGCAUCAGUGCUAGCUGAGCUCGUUGGUCAACUGCCUUUGCCUUUUGCCGAUGAACUGAUUAAAGAGAUAUGCCGUCAGCAAAAGCCUUUGCUAAACUUGAGCAAUGGUGAAGCCAUAGACGAUUUGCCGUUCAUCUACAUGGGCGAGGAAUGCCCUGAGAACGACUUGCGGUACAAGCACAUCAUUCGCAUGUACCGCAUGUCUGCGAGCGUCACCUUUGCCAAACUACUGCCUCAGGCUCCACAGCGCCACUGCGAGCUUUUAUAUUUUGUUGUUGGGCUUGGCCGUGGGCGUCUGAGCCGUUUGGUGGAGAGGCUGCUGGCUUGGCUGGGACGAGAAUGGGCCUGCUCACCCGAGGCCAUUGUUCGAGCCAAUGCCCAGUAUCUCUUUUGUCGCUGGAUGGAGCAUAACCUCUGCUUUGACGUGCUGGCUGACACGCCUGAGUGGCGUACACCAUUCCUGACCUUUCCUGUCUGGCUCCUCCGCGACUGCUCCGGUGUGGAAUGCUGCAAAACUAUCGAGCUAUUUGCGGAGCGACGAGCAGAGCCGCGUUCACAACGCUAUGCGUCGUUGAUACUCCCAGCCUUUCGAGCCUUUUGCCUCGAGUUUCGUCCUCAACUGUUGGCCGCCAUCAUGGUGCGAGGGCGGGAAGCAGAAAUUCAGCCCAUGUGUGCUGCUCUUGCAGAGCUGACCCAAACCGACGUGCCAGCUAUGGCCCGCGCCUGUUUUCAACGCCUCUCUGCCAUUGUUUAUACAGUCUCGGAUGAGCGCAGUGCUAUUUUUAGCCGCGUUCUGCCCAAGCUACUCGACGUAGCUGAGGGCGAGCCACGGCGUAUGCUUCAAAAAAGCAUUCCCGCCGUUGUGCGCCACGUCAUCCAGCUGGUGGCCUGGGACAACGAUGAUGGGCUUCUUCCGCAAGGCACAGCACGAGUCCCGCUUUUGAUGGCUCCCUUGAUCUCUUGCAGUGCCGACAUCGCGUGUUCCAUCAAAAGCAAACUUGACACAAGCUCGUCGGAUACAGCGAGUGACCUAUUUCGGAAAAGUAUUCCUACUCUAGCGCAAAUCAUGGCAGACACUGCAGACCGCAUUCUUCAGGCGUUUACUGUGGCUCACCUGUUGGAUGCCUCCCUGCACUUGCAUUUUGUCUGCAUUCAAAGCAACCUGGGGCUGCACCGUCUGCUCUUUGACAAAGGACCUCGUGUGGUGGGCCCAGACGUGAUUUUCCUUGCCGUCAGCGCCAUUGAAGCUCUCGUGCGCCAUCGCUACUGGCCAGCCAUAGCCGCCGUAGCCGGUGCCCGCUGUGCGGAGCUACUGGACUCUAUCAUGUUGUUGGCCAUCUCGAAUUGGACAGAUAAAAAACCUGCCCGGCCCAGUCGAAGUACCCGAACGAGCUCGAGUUCGUCCGGCACGAGCUCACCCAGCAAACAAAGAAUCGCGGGCGUUGCUGAGCGCACGUGGGUGCCCACGCUGGCACUUCGCGUCUACUACUGCAUGUUCGACUUGCUGCAUUCACCGGGGGUUGACAACGAGACGGAAAAGAUCUGCGCCAACUUGUCCAAGGAACUCUUUGAUGCUGGCCACGCCGCUGGUGAUCUUCUGCGUAAUGAUUUUGGUGUACUUUCCAUGCUUCCUCUGGUUCCAGAGCGAGCGGCCUUGCAUCAAGCCCGUGAAGCUCACAUGACGUUGAAGAGAUCAAUCACGUCGCGCUCUUUGGCCACUCAGCAGUUUGUGAGUCUCACCCAGCUGUAUGGGCUCGAGCAACGAGGCCUUUCAGAGUACAUCAAGCUUCUUCAAACGGCAGUCGGCGCCAUCGACUCUGGGUUGCAGUAUCAGCUUCUGCAGAUUUUGCUCGGGCACCAAGCCGCGCGGCGGCCCAGGCCAGCGCCCGAGCCAGCCACACUUGCACGCUGCCUUGCAUUUCUUCAACCAGCCACCAUGACCUUCGCCGGUUGGCCCAUGAAACAAAUGCCCACCGUCAUGCCGCGGGAGUUGUCGAGCGUUUGCUCUUCGCUACUGGUCCACACAUUCAAGGUUCUUUGGGACUCAGACAGCCUUGCUGGUGUGAGUGCCAGCCGCGUCGUUGCUGCCUUAAUCCGCUUAGCUGCUUGUCCCUCGGUUAUACUGCAGUCCCGUGACUCGACAACCAGAGAUCGUCCAGCCGACCCAGCCAUAUCUUCGACUUGGGAUCGCCUUCGCUUUUUUCGACACCGGCGUGAUACAACUCAAGUCAAUAAAAUCUUGGACUCGCAGUGGCUUGGAUUAAUGGCGCACUUUCCAGCCACUCUUCGCCCGGCACUUGCCGACCCCGUGCUGGCCUCUUUCAAUCCCAAAUUAUGGAGCCAAGGUGAUGAACCCUUUGAUGUGUGGAUUCGGACCCGCGUGAGCUGCCUUGUUGCUGCUGCGAUGCAUUUGCGUUGGGCUGAGGAGGAGAGCCCCCUCGCUGCUUUUGCGUGUAUCCUUGACCUGGUGGCUCUCAGCUCGGGCCUGGCUCGUGACAUUUUUCCGCUGGUAUUGCAAGUGCAACUUCUCCAUGACCCCCACCACAACACGCGGUCUGGCGUUUCGCGGUGUAUUGCAGCUGUGUUUGCAGGCCUAUUAGCAAAUGAUACCCCAAUGCUUCGUGAGCGAGCUGCUUUCGUAUUAGAGGUCCUGGAGUGGCUGCGCAACACUGACCACCCUGAGCGCACUGCAGGCAUGGGUGCACCGCCUCAUAAGCGAGCCAAACAAACGAUACCCACCAACGAGUUUUGGGACCGCCUUUCAUGGCUGGACAUUGACUUUCGGCAAGCAGCACAGGUCGCCCGCGUCCUCGGGUUGCAGCCUUUGAGCGUGCUUUAUCUUCAGCUUGCAUUAGAGGUCGAGCAUGUCGAGCCGCUCCACGCCAGCUUCCUCAACACAGCCUCGGCCAGUCCCAACGCCAUCGCUGCCAACAGCACGCCGUGGACCACAUGGUUGACAGCUAUAGAUCGAGACCUCCUCUUCCAGAGCUACCGCCUGAUGUCACAACAAGAUGACCUCCUGCAUGUUGCCAAUCCCAUGCGACAGAUGGAUCGAGUCGGCUACUUUGCUGCGCUAGGUCAGGACCUGCUCUCUGCAGGCGCUCUGCAGCGCCUGCAGCGAGAGUCGCCCUCUCCACAGCAUGUGCAAGAGACGGCUUGGGCUCUGCAGCGUGUGGGCUUUACCUUGCCCGCCGAUGCACUGAUGCAGCAAGUGACUGACCCACAAGCGGUCGGCUAUCGCUCUCGCCGAGCUUGGGAGCAGGCUCAGUGGGCUUCCGAUCCCGUGAAAGAAUUGCUUCAGGCGCCCGACGACUCGCAUUUGGACGGGACCAUUUGCCGUCUGCUAACGGCUGUCGCAAAUGGCGCUCCCCACAAGACCAUCGUGGAGGUCGGGCAAGCCUCCGAGUUACAGCGACUCUUGGAUGUGACUUCCGGCCUCAAUGUUGCCAUUCUGCCCAUCGUCGGGCACAUGGCCCUACUACACGAACUGGCCACACUGCUUGACGGCCAACUUGUUCAGACACCGUUCAGCGAGGCGUACUCUGAUCUGCCGCAUCAAAGCCUGCGCCUGCGCUCGCGCCUUGCGCUUGCAGCGAUGGCUGGGCCCAACCCAAAUCUUGACAUUCUCUCAAAGGGCUACGCUGAGUUGGUUCAGGUUUUGCGGGAGCACGGCCGCUUUCAUGAUGCCCUGGCCGCCACUGAGGACUGGCGCCGCAUGGAGGCCCGGACCGGUCCCUCGGGCUGGCAAAUCCCCUUUGGCUGGCUGAUUCAACAGGCCGAGUGCUAUUGGGAUCUGGGAGCAACUCAGCUUGCGAUCCGCCUUGUUGAGCAUGCGCUCGACGAUAAGGACUACAGACCCGCAAUGACCGCCAGUUGCCAGGCACAGGCCCUGACCUUUUUGGGAAGCAAGUACGGCCAGCUACAAGCCAAGGCCCCUGAAGUCCUUGUGAAUGAGGUGUUUCAGAAGGCCAUCGCUGCCAGCACUGAGAGCACUGAUGCAAAGGACAAUUGCCGGGCCUAUCGCGAGCUGGCUCUUUACGCUAACCGCCAGUGCCAAGCGAUGGCGCCCUAUUCGGCCGACGUGCAUCAGGAGCGCAUUGAAAGCGAAAACAAGCUUUUAAAAACUCACCGGCCGGAUGUCGCUCAGCUCUCCAAAGAGGAAGCGCGGCGUGUCGCCCGACGAAAGAAAAGUGCCUAUUUUGUUUACCCUUCUUACUGUCUCAUACGGCGCGGCUGCAGCGCCAAAUCGAGUGGGAUAGAGGCAUGCUUCAGCGCCGCGAGCAGCUCCGCCAACAGCUUUUGUGCCACGCGGCCACUGGAUAUUGCCAUGUUCUGGCGUAUGAUGCCGAAGAACACGAAUGUGCGUUUCGACUAUGCUCCCUUUGGCUUGACAACUGCGAUAACGCAGACGUGCAAGCAAUAUUGGAACGAUGGACCGGCAUGCAAGAUACACACGCUCAGCUACCAGUACAGACUUCAAGGCCAACAAGAUUUCGGCUCGGCUCGGCGUUUUCAGGAGCUUCUGGAGCACGUUCUGAUUGGUACAAGUAGCAUCUACCCCUACCAAGCCAUGUGGAAGCUCAAGCUUCUGAGCGAUCCGACGGGGAGCAUGGCUCAAGAACGCAAAGCAAAUCGCAUUUGGGAGUCGUUACGAAAGACGGGUGAUCGUUUGAGAACGCUGUUGGAUGCUUGCGAACGCGUUCACAAAGCAUACCUUAAGUUGGCCAGCGUCGACUAUGAAAAGAAUGUAUCUUGGGAGCCGUCAGAAUUGAAAGAGCUGUCAGCUUUAUUCGGCGACAUGCAUCUUCCCCCAACGAUGCCCAUUGCCACGGCGAGUUUGCCGCUGCAGCCCUCCUUUGAGGUUGCGCACCUUGAACAGUUUCCAGGAUUGGAUCACUUUGAGCUAUCGCUCUCCUUUGCUGGGGGUGCAAAUCACCCCAAGAUUCUAGAAUGCCGUGGCUCUGAUGGUCGUCUUUAUCGACAGCUUCUCAAAAACAAUGACGACACGCGUCAAGACGCCACCAUGCAGCAAGUUUUCUGCCAGCUAAACAGUUGGCUUGCCCGCGACGUCGAGUGUCGUCGGCGGUUGCUUCACGUUCGCACCUAUAACGUGGUACCCUUGGGGCGCCGGGUGGGCGUACUUGAAUGGGUGCAAAACACGGUUACAUUUGGUGAUUGCUUGGUCAACUCCAAUAACGCCUUGCACAAACGACACGGUCUUCCCACAGACUGGGACUCGCGUCGCUGCCGCGAGCACAUGCAUGAAGAUCACCACCGUGAUACAAAUUCGCGCCUGAAAGCCUUGCAAGAAGUGUUUGAGCACUUUCACCCUGUUUUUCGUCGAUUCUUUACGGAGAAGUUUGCGGACGCGUACACUUGGUAUGACGCCCAAACACGAUACACACGGAGCGUGGCCGUGGCCAGCAUCGUCGGCUACAUUCUUGGCCUGGGUGAUAGGCACCCCAACAACCUGUUGAUGGACUCAACCACGGCAGAACUUGUCUUGAUCGAUCUGGGCAUUGCCUUUGAAGGAGGACUUUUGCUCCCGAUUCCCGAGCGCGUUCCCUUUCGCCUAACGCGCGACGUCAUUGAUGGCAUGGGGAUCGCAGGCACGGAAGGAACUUUCCGUGCGUGCUGUGAGCUCGCCCUGGGCAUGCUUCGCAAAAACGAGGAAUCCGUCAUGUCCGUGUUGCAGGUGCUGCUCUUUGAUCCUUUGAGUGAUUGGUCGAUCAAAGUUCGCAAGACGACGCAACACCAAAUCCAAGCGAAACUGCGAGGUGUUCAUAUUGCAACACCAUUGGGUCUUGAAGGACACGUGGCUGUUCUCAUCCAAGAAGCCACCGAUCUGACCAAUCUGGCAUCGAUAUAUUCUGGCUGGCAGGCCUGGAUUUGA